GUGCUGUAUAACGUGAGUCUAAAGUUGACGAAAGUCUUGUUUAGCUUAAUUAUUUACAAUGGCAGGUAUUGCUGUACUCCACACGAAGAACCUAGUGUUUAAAAAUUGGAAAUUUAAUUGGAUUCCCCGGCGCACUGUCGCGAUCUAUACCCAGGGACAGUCGCCCGAACCAAGGAUACGUGAAUACUUCUAUUACAUCGAUCACGAAGGCAUGCUCUUUUUAGAUGAUGCCAAAAUGAAAAACUUCACAUCCUGUUUUAAGGAAAAGAAAUUUUUAAAAUUCUUCUUCAGCCGCCUGCGUGUAAAUGCAACACAGCGUUACGAAAUGUUUCCCUACAUGUCGCCUUGUGGUCGUGAAAGGAAUUAUAUUCGUUGUGAUGACACACCCAUUGUAUUCACUGAACACCUAAAGAAGGAUGCCGGUGGCCGAGCUGAUCAUGUUUUAACAUACGCACAUGGUGGUCCAGACUUAUCGAUUCCCUUUCAACCACAUAAGCUUUAUAUGCACCCGAAAACCGGACGAGUGUAUCAUCCAGCUUGGCCGCAAGUAGGUGGCAUCGGGCUAGUGCGUUCCAAAUUGGCCAUUGAGCUUAGCCAGAACUUCGUGUUUACAAGCGAAGAGAAGCCGCCAACACAUUUUCGUUGGGAUGAUACUGAACUUAAGCUGGAGCAUGAGUGGAUUAAAGACUGUGAAAAGUUCAUACUUAAUUCUAAAUUGUAGAUCUCACAAGACUGUAGGACGCUAACUAAGAGAAUUUGUUAUAUAAUUUACGCACA